AUGUUGACAACGCAAGACAGUGAGUCGUGCAAUGCACAAGUGCGACUAUUCUUGAAACCGAAACAUAAUCUCGACAAGUUUUUCAUCCACUUUAUCUGUUUGUUGGCUGAAAAAAGGCGCAAAGAGACUGAGUCUGACUACAUGGGGAAACAAUCAUCCCCUUACAUAGUGUUGGAGAAAAGAUCAAUCCUCCAACAUGCUGCCAAGAUCUUCACGAAAAACAUUUUCAACCGGAUUCAAGAGCAGUAUCUAGAAAUUGAAGACCAUCUAAUUGAGCUUGUCCCAGAUAAUAGGGAUGAUGGCUUCAUUAGCUACCUUACAUAUAAGAUAGAGGAUGGUGAGCUUAUCGAUGAACGUGUCACUCUUGUUGAUACUUCUACGGCCACAUUGGUAUGCGAGUGUAGGAUGUCUAGAACAUUCGGGGUCUUCUAG